GUCGACAGUGUCGGCACCCUGCUUGACGCAGGAGUUUUGCUUCAUUUCUUCACUCUUUUCCGUUUCUCUACAAGCCACUCAUUAACCACAUUCUCCAUUCCUUCAACUGCCACAUUCUCCAGCAUGUUGAAAUUCGCUGCUACUGUCCUCGCAACUUCAAGUGUUAUCGUGCUGUCUGUAAUAUCUGCACCUAUCCGACGCGACGUCAAUUCAGAUUUGAUUCCUGAAUUCGGACUGGAAGCGGGAAUCAACCCAACCGGUACUGGAGAUUGCGAUGGGAUUACGGGGGCCAACGGGAGCCCCAUUUUGAUUCCUUGCGUAUGCCCUCCGGAGCGUGAUACCUUCAUUCAGUCUCUGAAUGCCAACGUCAAUGCUGGAUUCGUCAUCAAUAAUCCAUCAGUACAAGUGUCUUUCCCGGAGGACGACUCUCAAGCGUCCCAGCUUGCGAGGAUACAGACGGCCCUAGUCACCUUGCAGAAUAUUAACGGGACAGGGAAGGGUUGUCCUGCUGCCUCUACCACUUUUGUGGCACAACAGAAAGCUAUACAAGAAGGAACUACUGCCGCAUCAUCAUCGUCGGCAGCUGCAUCUUCAUCCUCGCCCUUAUCCUCGUCGGCAACCUCUUCGUCUGCGCCAGCUACUGUAACUUUCUCUGUCGCAAGCGACAAUUCCACUGUGACGGACACGACGAAUAGCACAGUUGACCCAUCCCUGGUUCCCGAGUUCGGAAUAGAGGCUGGCGUUAACCCAUCAGGCACUGGCAAUUGUGACGGAACUACCGGUGCUGAUGGCAACCCGGUGCUUAUUCCAUGCUCUUGUCCUCCUGAAAGGACUUCGUUCAUCAAAUCUCUCAGUGCCAACGUCGCCGCUGGCCAUGCCGUCAACAAUACGGCUGUUGCGAUAGAUUUUCCUACGGAUAACUCGACUGCAUCACAAAUUACGAGGAUCACGGCGGUUUUGAUAUCAUUGCAGAAUCUGGAGGGACCUGGGGUCGGUUGUCCUGCAUCAUCGACAACAUUGUUGGCACAGAUGAAGGCUCUUCAAGCGCAGCUGUAGUAGGAAUCACUCUUUGCACUUCAAUGAGUCGCCUUACGACAUUGUUAGAGGCGUUGCGAAGGGGAACGCUUGUUCAUCAUACUGCUUGUUUUUUUGAUGACAAUUUUACAAAUUUUUGUAAGAGGGCCCAUAUGGCACCAUAGCAUAUGCCAUAAGUUGUGUUCGGAACAAAAAUUAUGUUCAUCAUAACGCACGGUGCGAUGCUACAGGUACCAAGAAUACAUUAUACUUAAUAUCAACAAGUGUAAAUUU